CCCAUCUCCGGGUGACGUAAUCAGUCGUCACCGGUCAUCGUGACAGUUCCUGCUUGCGAGUAAUAACCUGACCGGGAAAAGUAGUUUCAUGUGAACCAGCUUUUCACUUGCUAUGGCUCAGCAGACCGUCGUGGAGAAGAUGAGUGAACUGAACUUGAACGGAAGUCAGAAGGAGGGAGCAUCAAGUGGAGGGAAGAAGGUCAAAACUGCUGCCGGAGAUGCUGGAGGACGAGCUGAGCUUUCACCUGCACCAAAGUACAUAGAUGAGCGUCUGACGCUCUACUCCAAGCUGAAAGCUGAGCAUGAUGCCCUCCUGGCACAAAGAGCUUCCACGGAGAGUCGAGCCAUAAAAGUCACCUUACCCGAUGGCAAAGUGGUGGAUGCGGAAUCUUGGAAGACCACACCCUACCAAGUGGCGUGUGGAAUCAGUCAAGGCCUCGCUGACAACACAGUGGUUGCCAAGGUAAACAACAACGUAUGGGAUCUGGACAGACCUUUGGAGGACAACUGCAGCCUGGAAUUGCUCAAGUUUGAUGACGAAGAAGCUCAAGCGGUGUACUGGCACUCAAGUGCCCACAUCAUGGGCGAAGCCAUGGAGAGAGUGUACGGAGGUUGUCUCUGCUACGGUCCGCCUAUCGAGAGUGGUUUCUACUACGACAUGUUCCUUGACGACAAUGAGGGAGUGUCAAGCAAUGACUUCCCAGGUCUGGAGACCUUGUGCAAGAAAAUCAUUAAGGAGAAGCAGCCCUUCGAGAGGUUGGAGAUCAAAAAGGAAACUUUAUUGCAGAUGUUCAAGUACAACAAGUUCAAGUGCCGCAUAUUGAACGAGAAGGUCACCACUCCCACCACUACAGUUUACAGGUGUGGUCCUUUAAUUGAUUUGUGUCGGGGUCCACACGUGAGACACACUGGAAAAAUCAAGGCACUGAAGAUUCACAAGAACUCCUCCACUUACUGGGAGGGGAAGGCAGACAUGGAGACCCUCCAGAGGAUUUACGGUAUUUCCUUCCCGGACCCCAAAAUGCUGAAAGAGUGGGAGAAGUUUCAGGAAGAGGCCAAGAACAGAGAUCAUCGCAAACUAGGCCGGGAGCAGGACCUGUUCUUUUUCCAUGACCUGAGCCCAGGGAGCUGCUUCUUCCUGCCGAGAGGCACCUUCAUCUACAACACCCUGAUUGAGUUCAUCAGAAGUGAGUACAGGAGAAGGGGCUUCCAGGAGGUGGUGACACCCAACAUCUACAACAGUAAGCUGUGGCAGACCUCCGGUCACUGGCAGCACUACAGUGAGAACAUGUUCUCCUUUGAGGUGGAGAAGGAGACCUUUGCCCUCAAACCCAUGAACUGUCCUGGCCACUGUCUGAUGUUUGAUCACCGGCCACGUUCCUGGAGAGAGCUGCCUCUUCGCAUGGCCGACUUUGGCGUCCUGCACAGGAACGAGCUGUCUGGAGCCCUUACUGGCCUGACCCGCGUGCGCCGCUUCCAGCAGGAUGAUGCUCAUAUCUUCUGCUCCAUGGAGCAGAUUGAGGACGAGAUCAAGGGUUGUCUGGACUUCCUGCGCACCGUGUACGCCGUGUUUGGCUUCACUUUCAAGCUAAACCUUUCCACAAGACCGGAGACAUUCCUGGGAGACGUUGCUGUCUGGGAGCAAGCAGAAAAGCAACUGGAGAACAGUUUGAAUGACUUUGGAGAGAAGUGGGUUCUAAACCCAGGUGAUGGAGCUUUCUACGGGCCGAAGAUCGACAUCGAGAUCAAAGACGCCAUCGGCCGAUACCAUCAGUGCGCCACCAUCCAGUUGGACUUCCAGCUCCCCAUCCGCUUCAACCUGUCCUUUGUCAGCCACGAUGGAGACGACAAGAAGAGACCGGUGAUUAUUCACAGAGCCAUUCUGGGGUCGGUGGAGCGCAUGAUCGCCAUCCUCACUGAGAACUACGGAGGCAAAUGGCCACUGUGGCUGUCCCCUCGCCAAGUGAUGCUGAUACCUGUGGGACCCACCUGUGACCAUUAUGCCCAGAAGGUUCAACAAGAGUUCCACACCAGCGGCUUCAUGAGUGACGUGGAUCUGGACCCAGGAUGUACUCUGAACAAGAAGAUCCGAAACGCACAGCUGGCUCAGUACAACUUCAUCCUGGUGGUGGGGGAGAAGGAGAAGAGCAGCAACACGGUCAACGUGCGCACGCGUGACAACAAAGUGCACGGUGAGCGCAGCGUGGACGAGUGCAUCCAACGCCUCAAAGAGCUCAAGUCAUCCAAGAGUCGAAACGCUGAGGAAGAAUUCUGAGUUUUUGACCCCAAACUAGCAACUACCCAAUCAAUUUAUGAAUUGUUUUUUUAUUAUUAUUGUUAAGAGGUCACAUUGGUGAAUGUUGUUAUUUUUUGUGGACAUCAUGGAAUUAGUCAUUUGACUUGGUGCUUCGCCUCCAAUUGGGUACUUUGUCUUCAGGCUUUCAGGGAAUUGUACCAGAGUUGCAUUUAUCUUGAUUAAACACGUCCAUUCUUAA